AUGCUGUUGACCAUCCCUCGACCGCCGGUAGCGCUGGCCGCCAUUUCGACAGUCCUUCUUUUGGCCUAUCUCUACUUUCAUGCCUCGCUGGAUGCGAGUCCUCACGUUUUGUCCAUCAAGGCCUCAACCCAGCCAGCACAACUAUCUCAAUGUCCGCCAGCAUCAGCCAUCAGCAACAUUGUCUUGUCUAUCAAGACUGGCGCGACUGAGGCCUUUGAGAAACUACCGACCCAGCUGCUCACCAUUUUGCAAUGCGCCGACACUCUCCUCCUCUUCUCCGACCUGGAGCAAGAUAUACAUUCGCUACACAUACAUGAUGUACUCUCCCGUUACAAUCCCGAGUUCCUCGCCCACCACGCCGACUUUGAGUUAUACCGCAAGCAGAAAGAAUAUCAGGCCGAGGGCCGUGACAUCCAGACACUAAGUACGAUGAAGGACUCCAACUCUGACUGGCGAACCGCUGGUCACAAUGCAGCCUGGGCUCUCGACAAGUACAAGUUCCUGCACAUGAUUGAAAGAGCUUGGGAGCUACAACCCGACAAGGACUGGUACAUCUUUGCCGAGACCGACACCUAUAUCGUGUGGCGCAACCUCGUUCAAUGGCUUGAGAGGUUUGACCCAAACAAGCCACUCUAUCUGGGUCGGGGCGAACCUAUGAAGAAAGAGGAAGGAGAUGGCUUCUACUUCGCCCACGGCGGAAGCGGUUUCGUGCUGUCGCGUGCUGCCAUGUACGACUUUUGUGUUACCAAANAGGGGCUUGCCAGUCGAUGGGACGCUAGGAUACCCGAUCUGUGGUUCGGCGAUUACGUCGUCGCGAAAGCCCUCAAGGAGGAGCUUGAUCUCAAUUUGACCUCGGCUGCACCCAUGUUCAGCGGCCACAAGCCCAUGAGCUUGCCUAUCGGUGCUGGCAUUUGGUGUCGUCCCGUCAUCACUCAGCACCACCUACGGCCUGAGGAAGUUCAAAAUCUAUGGAUGCUGGAGGAUGAGUUUUACACAAAUUCGUCUUCAAGUAGUCUACCACAUAUACGCUUUUCACACCUAUUCAGAGAUAUACUGUCUGGGGUCAAGUUUCCAGAACUGCGCCCUGAAUGGGACAACUUGUCGCAAGAUAAUGUUUACACCAUCAGAACUCCUCGCACGAAAGCUCAGGCACACAAAGAGCCAGACGAGCGCAUCGGCGAACCUACUGUAGAGUUAGAUCCAAAUUCCUCGCCUGACGCAUGUAAUACCGCUUGCGAGAUUGUGGAAACAUGUUUCCAGUGGGCACAUCUAAACUUCUCUACGAUUGACGAAACGAAGCAAUCCAGUGGCGGAGUCUGUUAUCUAAGUAGUGUCUUUCGCUUCGGUAACCAGAGACCAGAAGAAUCUUGGGUUGAUGAGAAGAAUGCAACCAAUAUUCACUUGUGGUCAUCUGGGUGGAAAACGGCGGCGAUCGAAAAUUGGCUCGCGGAUGCACCAGACAGUUGUGGUCAAGUAGACUGGACUUGA